UGCUCCCAACAGAUUCCUUUCAUGUGAAGGAUUUUUAUCCACCCCUGACUACCCACCUGCAAACCGGCCUACAGAAGCAAACAUCCACCAAAAGCUUAAAUGUACAUUCUGCACAUUGACAGUCAGCUAGGGAGAUAACGCAGACAGCUACUGGAUCAGCCUGUGAGAUAUUUAACUGGCCUGACCAACGGGCAACAACCGGCAGACAAGUUAACCAGACAGAAGGGCAGCCAUGUUGAUCAUCUUAGCCUUCAUCAUCCUCUUCCAUCUGGCUGCAGCCAUCCUCCUCUUUGUUGCAACCAUUUACAAUGCGUGGUGGGUGGUGAAAGCUGGAGACAAUGUGAUCUACACUGACCUGUGGUACUCCUGUAACACCACCUGCUAUCCUGUGGAGAACAGCCAUACUGCUGAAGCAGCCUAUUUGCAGGCCAUCCAGGCCACUAUGAUCCUGGCCACCAUUUUAUGCUGCGUCAGCUUCUUCGUCUUCAUCCUUCAGCUCUUCAGGCUCCAACAGGGAGAGAGAUUCAUUUUCACUGCUAUUAUCCAGCUAUUGGCCUCUCUAUGUGUGAUGAUCGCAGCUUCCAUCUACACGGCUCAGAAUACGAGCUUUCAUGUUGCCAGUCUUCGGCAAGGCUCCUACAGCUCCUCCUAUAUCCUGGCUUGGAUCAGCUUCCCCAUGACUCUCGUCAGCGGCCUCAUGUACCUGGUGCUCAGAAAACGCAAAUAGAUGUGAUGUGCCUGUCGCACAGGCUCACAGAUUUUCAAAUAUUUAAAUAGGAACACUUGGACCCAAAUGCAUAAAGACACAAACUUUUCCUCAACAAACAUGCACACACUCUUUCUGACCCUUUUAUAAAUACCAUUGGAGGCAAGUAAAUACAGCACAAAUCCACAGUAAUUUCAAGUCUCAGGUUCAGAACCAGACCAUUCACCAAUAAAACAUUCAACAACACAUUUUUGUCCAUAUUACACACUGAAAACCCCAAAGAGUCACACACCCUUCUCCUUCCUGAUGGUACAUUGUUCUCGCUGAAUGUGGCAAAGAUGCACAAGGACGCCAUACUAUAUACUUUUUUCCAGACAAGCGCCUUUAGAAACACUGCUUACAGUUGAUUAAAUAGACCCACUGUGAGUCUUUGUUUUUCUGUUUUCAAGCACAACAGUGACUAAAAUUUGUUUCUGGAAUCAUUUAAGGUGAGAAAUACACCGUAAUUCACAUUUGAUCUGCAAUGUGUAGUUUGAAAAAUGUAAUCUGACUUUUGCCUGCUGGAUAGAUUCAUUUACAUGAAGUUGACGUCAAAUUUAUUCAAUCAGCAAAUGCGCCGCACAUUAGCCUUGCUGCGUUCAUCACCCACUCACUUCUUUGAAUAUAAAAAGUCCCCUGUGGCUCCUUGAUGCGUUUAGUGAGACCAUACCUUCACUACCCUCCUUCCACUUCCCCCCCUAGCCAUUACACAUGACAUGAGGAGUGUUCCAACAUAAUUACUUGUCUCCUCCUCUUUUUUUAUUGUCUCCUGCUUCCUAUCAUCUCCAUUCAUAGGAACAUGUCUGAAACAUCUUAAUGUGAAGGAUAAAAGUUGAAGACAAGUGCAGAGAUUUGUUUGUCAGACACAGCCCAUGGACUUUCCAAAGGGUCCAUACUUUUAUUGUAGGGUAGUAUCUAUAGUCAACGGAUUUUAUUGUGUACAUAUUUGCUGUGUAUGUAUAGUUAAGACAAUUGCCACAAACGUAUUUCUAAGACUGAUAUUAUAUAUAAAAAAGAAGAAAAAUUGUAAUCUUAUUUUAACCAUAGCAUACAGGACGUGUACUGAAGCAGUAGUUAAGGUAUAAUAUGUAGGAUUUUAACCCGUUGUUUGUAUUCCUAUGUUACUGACUUUUAAUGGUGAAAAAGGAACCAAUGAUGUGCUGUGAUAUUUGGGAUUUAAAAUGACAACAUAGAGACAUGCAAACUUGAAAUAAGAAUGAACAUUUCUUCGUUAUUAUUAUACUUCUUUGUUCACAGCUUCACUGAGAAAAAAAGACAAAAGCUAUUUAUUGUUUAAAACCACUGUUGUGUAUUUUAACAUCAUGUGAGUAAGGAUGUAUGUCUUGCCAUAUUUUCCCUCUGGCUGGGCUACUGUUUUUUUUUUUUGGUCCAUUACUGACACAUAACUAACACCCCGAUGCACAGGUCAUGCACUUGUGCUCUGGCACAACAGUUAAUUUGUUACUGUAUUGUACAUGCCACCAAUUCCAAGAAUUACUAGUAUCUACAGCUUUUGUAGAGAUAAUGUUUUAUGCCAUAACAGCGCUGUGUAAACUGUUUUUCUUUUCCUCUGUCUUGGUGUUGAUUUGGGCGUUAAACAGUUAACGGAGACCAGCUGGGUAUUAACUUUGUAGCUGCAAUGGCUUGAAACAUUUCUAGGACAUAAUUAAUUAAUGUAAACAAGCAAAAUGUGCAGUUCAUCUUGGACUCGUUGGCUCCUUCAGAGGUGCACUGGAUUUCUUUGUUAUAGGAAUAUGUACAUGUCAGGCAACGUUUGGACCACCGAGCCUGGUAACUUACCAUCUCACCAAUAAUGAAGAUUCAGGGAAAAGAAACGGAAGUGAAGAUUUUGCUCUGCUAUCUAAAGAUGAUACUUGAAAAUGAUCAAACAACAUAUUGGAGGCCAAGAUUGUGAUGUUUGUUGCUCAUAUGUUAUUUUUUUUUUUUGGAAGUUGUCAUCUUAAGAGUGUUUCGCUAAAUAAUAAGCCUCCUGUUUGCAUGCAAGUUGUUGUCUUACAGCAAAUCCCUUCAACGUAUAUUGAGAUGAAAAGUAGUUUGUUGCAGUACAAUAGGCUAGAAAUGUUUUUUUUUUUGCGAAAUACUUUUUAUUAUAGAUCAUGUAAAGUUUGGAUCUAUUUGGUUGAGCUUUGGUAAUUUCCAAACAGGUCCGUGGUGUGUUUUAUGUCAGUGUAGAUGUACCUAUGUUAGUCAAUGUAGAUCUACACAAAUAACCACCAGACCAUAGUAACAAAAAAAUCGUAUGAAUUAUUGAAGGUAAAACUGUAUUUCUGGGGAUUUUUUUUAUUUUUACAUUUUUGGUAGUUAAAAUCUUUCUAAUGCUUCAUGAAGUAUUAAUUCCACAUUGAUUGAGAGUCUUGUGUUGCUUUAUAAUGGAGACAUAUUAAAAAGGUAAAUGUUUUAACAACUGAAGUUUAACAGUUUCUUUUCCUGCAUAGCAUUCAUCCAAAUGUUUGUUUUGGUGCAGGCUUACAUGUUGAAUGGGAUUGUUUCUGCUUGUUAUGGGCUCUUUUGCUGUAUUAUUUUCGGCCAAAUAAAAUCACAACAUGGUGUUUAUUUCGACCUCUGUUGCAACAUCAGUGGCAGCUUCUGUGUUUUCGUGUAAUCACGUCAUCAAAUUAAAUGUUUGUCUGCUAUUGACACCCAGUGGACUGAUAGAAACUACACAAUGUGAUAGAUUUAUAGUUUCAGACUACAGAAUACACCCCUACAAAUGCCUGUCAAGCACUCCUGAAAAGAAGAAAGUUGUUGCUGCUUGGUGGAACAAUACUUUCAACUGAUGCAGCUAACAAAGUCUCAUCUCCGCUGCAAUAAUUUAUAGGUGCUGAUUGUUUUCUUGUUGCCCCACCCAUCAAAUGUAGAGCUCAAUAAAUGUAUUUUAAAUUAAAUAAACGUUCUUUGUGUGUGCCAAAUCUGU